UAUCAUGAGGGAGUUGCAUGCAAAAUAUACAGGAACUCUUUGGAGGUCAAGUUGUAUGUAAGGAAUAGUUCACCAAAAAUGAAAGUUCUGUCAGUAUUUACUUGCCUUCAUGCUGUUCUAAACCCAUUUGACUUUAUUUUUUAUUUUUUUCUGUCAAACACAAAAGGAUAUAUUUUAAAGUAUGUCAUGAUCGCUGAUUCCAAAACUAUAGUAGUUGAUGGUUAGCAUAUUUACAUGCAUGUUCUUAAACCAGUUAUAUUUAAAGGAUUAGUUCACCCAAAAAUGAAAAUUAUCAUUUACUCACUCUCAUGCCAUCCCAGAUGUUUAUGACUUUCAUCUGAUGAAAACAAAGGUUUUUAGAAGAAUAUUUCAGCUCUGUAGGUCCAUACAGUGCAAGUGCAUGUGUGCCAGCAUUUUUAAGCUCCAAAAUUCACAUAAGGGCAACAUAGAUGUACUUCAGACGACUCUGGUGGUUAGAUCCAUAUCUUCUGAAGCAAUAUAAUAGGUAUGGGUGAGAAACAGAUCAAUAUUUAAGUCAUUUUUCCUUUCACUUGCUUCUGUUUUUGGUGAUUCACAUUCUUUGUGUAUAUCACCCCCUACUGGGCAGGGAGGAGAAUUUACGUUACAAAAUGACUUAAAUAUCUGUUUCUCAUCCACACCUAUCAUAUUGCUUCUGAAAAAAGAUUUAACUACUGAAUUCAUAUGGAUUACAUUUAUGCUCCCCUUAUGUGGAUUUUGGCACCCAUUCACUUGCCUGCAGGACCUACAGAGCCCUGACUUCAUACCAACUUCUGGCAGACUAUCAAGACAUAGACGUACAGAGCUGAAAUAUUCUUCUAAAAAUCUUUGUUCUGCAAAAGAAAGUCACAUCUGGGAUGCCAGGAGGGUGAGUCAUGAGAGAAUUUUUUGGGUGAAAUAUCCCUUUAAGCCAACAAUGUGUGAGGUCAUGUAAACGGCUUUCCUUUAUAAGUGUAAGUUUAUAAACGGUGCAAGAAUAAACAGUUUGACACAACUAGGUUUUUGACAACUACCCCGAUUUUGUGUUGCAUGUAAACACCUUAAUCAGCAUUCUUACCGGUUUAUCCAAAGUGUGCAUGCCUCUGAGUUUUGAUGUAAAAAAUGGUGAACUAUCAAUUUAAAGUCUGACACUAUCAACUGCUAUUUAAUGGAAAUCAGUGACUGUGACAUUUUGAAAAUGUUCCUUUUGUGUUCUGCCCAGAGUUAAAUGGUUUGGAAUGAUAUGAGGGUAGGUAAAUAACCAAAUUUUCAUUUUGGGGUGAGCUAUUCUUUUAACUCCACAUUUAAAGAAUGUCAGGUAGUUGUGCGCUCAGAGUAGAAAACAUGUCAUAUAGCUCUGCUGUCAGGAAUCAUUAUAUUAAUAUGAUAAGCAGUCAUCUGCAAAUAGCCUCUCUCUGGAAAGAUCAACCUUUUUUUGGCCGUUUACCCAAAUGUUAUUUUGAAGUCUUAGUUGUGACCGUUAACCUGUCCUUGCCCUCAUAUUUGGCAGACAGUAGCUAGUAGCCCCAUCUAGUUUGUACUAGAAUUUCCCGUUGGCUUCUCUGCUGUGUGACAACUGGAGUUGGAUGGGGAGUUUAUUGUCAGAGGAGGAGUUUACACAUGGUUCAAAUACACUGUGACAACAAGCAGGUUAUGGAUCUCAUUGCUGUUGGCAGUGUCAUUGGGGUGUGACUCCAGAUAGGUGGGAUCAAGGGCCACUCAUCUUCCAAUUCAGUCAUAUGAGCUAUGAGACGACAGACUCUUAAUAUAGUCUAGUAGAGGGUAUAUAUAGGGUACACACAGAGCCCUGACUUCAGACCAACUACUGACAGACUAUCUAGGAAGGCACUCUACAUCAAGACAGACAAAGGUCCAAUAAUCAAGGACAGGUCCUUUGAAACCACUACAUAAAGAAGAAAACACUUCCAAUUCAGCUGAACAUAACUACAUUGAGACUUCCUCAACAUCCCUUAACAUACCUACUGCAAAUACAGAACUUUUUAGCUUACCUUGAAAACAGGACCAUCAAAGAAUGAAGUACUACCAGUGUCCAGUGACCCAGACGGUCCACUAUGAGGGCUGCAACCCAACAGCCUCUGGCCCACUGGCAUGUUCUCGUUCUCGGCCUUCUGUCAAACCUGUUCGCAAUGUUCACUUUCCCAACGACAUAGUCUUCCAGGAUUAUGUCCGUCAAGGAGAGCUGGAGAGAAUUGGACGCUUCCUUACAACCAGGAGAGUGAGUCUAGAAACCAUCUAUCAUUCAGGCAUGGCAGCCAUACAUGAGGCAGUCCUAUCUGGGAACCUGGAGUGUGUGAAGCUUCUGGUAAAAUAUGGGGCUGACAUAACCCAGAGAGACGAAGACGGAUGGACUCCCCUUCACAUGGCCUGCAGUGAUGGCUUUCCAGAGAUAGCUAAGUAUUUGCUUUCCCUGGGUGCUGACACUGUGGCUGAAAAUGACUGUGGGGAGAGGCCUGCUGACCUUAUUGACCCAGACUGCAAAGAGCUGCUUGAACUCUUCGGAGUUGGAGGAGACUGAAUAUCCAUCCCUUACCUGAAGCUGGAGUUCAGCUGAUUGUUCCCCUCUUUUAUAACAGAUGCCAGAGCAAAAGACUGAAGCUGGCAAAAGUUGGAACAGCCACUGUUAUUGCAGUGCAGCUGUUAGUUGAGACACCUUGAGGGUUUCUGGAUAUAACUGUCUGGUCCUGUGCAUCGGGACCAACGACAGCGAUUAGUUGGAUGCGAGUUGCACUUUCCCCUGCAGGGAAGGACUCUUCCAGUGAAGAUGAUGCAGUGUGUUCUUACUGUCAUUAAUGAGAAACACAGCAGCUUUUUAAAAUCAGUGUUUAAUAGUAAAAUAAUGUUUUGCAUUUUGUGACUAUAAAAUUAUUUCACUGAAUUGUUUUCCAUAUAGAUUUUGUUUCUCAAAAUGUUUUAAAGGUUUGUUCAAUAGCUCUUCCUUGUGAUGGUAUCUAUAUUUUAUCAAUUUACAUGUAAAGCAUGACACUGAGCAUGAGCUGGAACAUAAGUCUUAAUUUUGAUACAUA